AUGGGUCAUAAACAAGUGGAUGGUGAAAUUAGCUUGGUGGUUUUGGUGGACAAGGAGAAGAAAAAGGUCAUUUUUGCCGAGUCUGAUGAAAAUUUGGUUGAUAUUCUCUUUAGUUUUUUGACAAAUCCUGCGGGAACAAUUAUCGGGCUUUCCUCUGAUAAAUCAGCAGUGGAGAUAGCAAGCUUAUCUUUGUUUUCCAAGCUUGGAAUUAUGGAUUGGAGUGGCAUUGAGAAGAACAUUUUCACUUUAGGAGUUGGUGAGGUUUUGAAUUUGCUAGUGUGCUCAUUAGUAUCAAAAACACCAUUGACAGAAACUCUUAUGAAGCAUAAACCAGCGACCGAGUUAAACGCAGGAAAUUUUGAUCAAGGAAAACCUGUUGAAUACCAAAUGGAAGACAAGAAGAAUAUUCGACAUGGAAAGAUUUCUAUCAAGCUUAUGGUGAGCAAAUCUAAGAAGAAAGUUUGUUAUGCAGAAGCAGAGAAAGACUUUGUUAAUUUGCUCUUCAGUUUCCUAACCAUUCCACUUGGGCAUUUUUUGAAACAAAAAUGUAGCAGUUCUUUGAAUGGAUGCAUAGGUCACUUGAACAAGAGUGUACAAGAUCUUCAUGAGCAAUGCUUGAAGUCCAAUUACCACAAAGAAAUGCUGGUCAGUCCCAAGCUUGCUUCUGGUAUUGGUUAUGAGAAUGAUUUAUUAGGAAUUGAGGAAGCCUCACAUCCUCCAUAUUACUAUACGUACGGACGCUAUGGUGAAUAUAUUUUAACCAGUGAUAAAAGUCUUAUUCGUGGUACAGAGAUAACUGAACUGAAAGUUGUGGAUCCAAAACCUCAUAACGAAGAUGGUGGAGGAUUUAUAACAGGACAGGCAAUUUUCAUAGUAACAGAUAGUCUGAUAAUAAGACCUAUAUCUUCAAUCUUAGGCCUCUCCAUUCUCAAUGACUUGAAGGUACCUUUUAAUGACAUUGAGGAGCAAACUGUGCUUGUAGGCAAGGAGGAGGUAACUUAA